CACGAAAUGUUCUGAUAACUGGUUUAUCAGAACACUGAUUUCCGCCUCCCUCUUCUCCGCCCCCCCUUUCCCUCCUCAUUCUCCCCCCUUCCUUUUCCCCCUUAAGUUAGUUCAAGAAAUCAGAUCUGUCAGGACCGGCGAAAAAAAUGCCACUUCCCGACUAACAGGCGGAAUCCAGCCCAGAUUUUCAGUCCUUUCUUCUUUUUUCCUUCCUCCCUUUCACUAAUUUAUCCCGAUGUUAGCACAUUCUGUCUUGUAACAACCGGACGCCUGUAGGUUUGUUUCAUGGGAUCAUUACUUACUGAUCAGGAUGGCUCUGAACUCUGGAGUUGAAGACGGAAUGUGAAGUUGGAAAACAUUUUAAAAUUGUUAUUUAUUAUUAUUAUUACAUCUCGGUGCUUGUUAAGAAAAAAACAAACAAAAAACCCUGGUCCUUGAUGCUCCUGUUUUGAAUGUGAAAUAUUAUCUUCCAGCUUGUAAAGUUGAGGAACAACAUUUUUAAGAAAGGAGGAAAACCAAUACAAAUAAAGGACUCCUGAUCCGUGUGCCAAAAUGGGGGGAGAUAUAUUUUUGAGCGAUUACACUGGCUGAGAUGUUAUUUGUUUUCUGCUUCUUGAUCACUUUGCUCUUUAAGUAAAAUGAGGCACACAGUUGUUGCUGAGUCGAAUGGGAACAGCAUUUUGAUUUGCUGGCUUAAUUAAAAAAUUAUAAAGGAUUAAAGGAAAAAGUGGACCUGGACUUCAGGGUAUAAACCUAGACAUACCAGGGGCAGGAAGAUAAGAAGAAUUAAAUAAAUAAUAAUUUAAAAAGAAAAGCCCCACGGAGAUAAACGAAUGUCCCCUCAUCUCCAAAGGAAAGUUCAUCGGAUUUUUAUUCUAGAGAUCUCAUCUUCAGGAUGUCAGUGAACACUUCCACUGCAUGCAAAGGUGUGGAUCCAAACGCGGUUGAUACUUACGACAGUGGCGAUGAUUGGGAAAUCGGGGUUGGAAAUUUAAUAAUCGAUUUGGACGCCGAUUUGGAGAAGGACAGACAGAAAUUUGAGAUGAAUAAUUCCACUAAUACCACCACCAGCAGCAGCAGUACUAGCUCCAAGGAUUGUGGGGGUCUGGCUUCCAGUGGGGCUAAUGCUACCUCAGCCUUAGCUGAUGGCCUAAAAUUUGCUUCUGUUCAGCCCCCUGCCCCCCAAGGGAAUUCCUCUCACAAGGAGACUAGCAAAUCAAAAGUGAAAAGGAGUAAAACUUCUAAGGAUGCUAAUAAAUCUCUGCCUUCUGCUGCCUUGUAUGGGAUUCCUGAGAUCAGCAGUGCUGGCAAGAGGCAGGAAGUCCAAGGGCGCCCUGGAGAGGCAACUGGCAUGAAUUCAGCACUGGGUCAAAGUGUGAGCAGCAACCCAAACGGCAAUAAUAACAACACCAGCAACAACAACCCUAUUGCCUCUUGCGGGAAAAACAAAGAGGAGAAAGCAGGUAAAACCCAGGGCAGCAGAGGCUCCAAACGGGAUAAAGAUGCGGGGAAAUCCAGGAAGGACAAGCAGCAUGACCUGCAGCAGGGCCACCCCAACGGUGGGGGUGGCAGCAGCCAAGCUCCCUCUGGGCACCUGUAUGGCUUCGGGGCCAAGGGAGGCGGUGGUGGGAGCAACAGCCCCUUCCACUGCGCCUCCUCCACGGUGGGGGAGGUGAGCAAAAGCGCCCCGGAUUCAGGGUUAAUGGGGAACUCUAUUUUGGUAAAGAAGGAAGAGGAGGAGGAGGAGAACCACAGGCGAAUCAAGAAAUUGAAAACAGAAAAGGUUGACCCCCUGUUUACAGUGCCUGCACCUCCACCUCCGAUUUCCAGCAGUAUCACGCCUCAGAUUCUGCCUUCCUACUUUUCCUCAUCUUCAUCCAAUAUUGCUGCACAAGUUGAACCUUUGGUACGGACUCGUUCAGUGGGUGUAAAUACUUGCGAGGUUGGAGUAGUAACAGAACCCGAAUGCCUUGGACCCUGUGAGCCUGGGACCAGUGUGAACUUGGAAGGGAUUGUGUGGCAUGAAACCGAAGAAGGUGUCCUAGUGGUAAACGUUACAUGGCGGAACAAGACUUAUGUUGGGACCCUGCUGGAUUGUACAAAGCAUGAUUGGGCCCCUCCCAGGUUUUGUGAAUCUCCAACGAGUGACCUGGAAAUGCGAGGCGGUCGGGGGAGAGGAAAGCGAGCAAGGUCUGCUGCAGCUGCACCUGGAAAUGAUGUUAGCUUUACAGAGUCAAGAGGACUGCAGAACAAGAACAGGGGUGGUGCCAAUGGGAAGGGGAGGCGAGGCAGCCUUAAUUCAAGUGGACGCAGGACACCCCCAAAUUGUGCAGUGGAGGAUGUCAAAGCCAGCCCUUCAUCCACAAAUAAGAGGAAAAAUAAACCUCCAAUGGAGCUAGACUUGAACUCCAGUUCAGAGGACAAUAAAUCUGGAAAGCGCAUUCGCACCAAUUCUAGAAGCACUCCAACUACCCCACAGGGGAAACUUGAGACUACUUUUUUGGACCAAGGGUGCUCUUCUCCAGUAUUGAUUGAUUGCCCUCACCCCAACUGCAACAAAAAGUACAAGCACAUCAAUGGACUGCGUUACCACCAGGCUCAUGCACAUUUAGAUCCAGAAAACAAACUGGAGUUUGAGCCUGACAGUGAAGAUAAAAUUUCAGACUGUGAGGAAGCAUUAAGUAAUGUGGCACUUGAAUGCAGUGAGCCAAGCACAAGUAUAUCAAGUUUUGAUCAGCUAAAAGCACCAACAUCUCCCUGCCCUCUUAAUACCCCUGGGACACCCAAAGGGAAAAGAGAGUUGACCAGUAAUGGCCCAACUUCAAUCAUCAGUUCUAAAACUGGCAAGAAUUCUGGUAAAAAGAAGGGCCCAAACAGUGAAUUGAACAGCCUUCCUGUAAUUUCUAAUAUGGCAGCCACGCUGGACAAUUGCUCAGUAGCAGAUGGCAGUUUGGCCUCUGAAAUGCCCAAACUGGAAGCUGAAGGAUUAGUAGACAAGAAAAAUGUGGGAGAUAAAGACAAGGGCAAAAAGGCCAAUACCUGCAAAGUGGAUAAAAAUCUGUCAAAACUUAAAACAGCCAGGCCCAUUGCCCCAGCUCCAGCUCCUACUCCUCCCCAAUUAAUAGCUAUACCCACUACAGCCUUUACAACCACCACUACAGGGACAAUACCAGGAUUGCCCUCACUCACAACCACUGUUGUUCAGGCUACACCAAAGAGCCCUCCAUUAAAACCUAUUCAACCAAAGCCCACAAUUAUGGGAGAGCCAAGCACUGUAAACCCAGCUCUCACAUCACUCAAAGACAAAAAGAAAAAGGAGAAGCGAAAGUUGAAGGACAAAGAAAGCAAAGAGACUGGAAGUCCUAAAAUGGAUUCUAAGCUGGGAAAGCUAGAGGAUUCAAAAGGGUCUGGGAAAGAUUUAUCUGGGCAUUUUUUAAAGGACCAUCUCAACAAGAAUGAAGUGUUAGCUAAUGGACUGUCAGAGUCUCAAGAGAGCAGGAUGGCAAGUAUUAAAGCUGAAGCGGAUAAGGUUUACACUUUCACAGACAAUGCACCCAGCCCUUCUAUAGGGAGUGCCUCCAGAAUGGAAUGCAGCACUUUGGUGAAUGGACAAUCUUCUUUGGCGCCACUGCAUGUGUUGACACAAAAUGGUGCAGAUAGUACAGCUGCUAAAACCAACAGCCCAGCUUACUCUGAUAUUUCUGAUGCUGCGGAUGAUGGUGGUUCUGACAGCCGGUCAGAGGACAUGAGGUCAAAGGCCAGCUCUCCUUCAGAUAUUAUUUCCAAUAAGGAAAGUGUUGUAAAAGGCCAUUCUUCAAUCACAGCACAAUCAUCACAAGUGAAAGAGUCCCAUUCUCCCUAUUACCAUGGCUAUGAUCCUUAUUAUUCUCCAAGUUACAUGCACUCUGGACAGGUCAGCACCCCUGCAGCUGGGAACAGCUGUACCUCACAGGGACUGAAGAUCAAAAAGGAGGCCGAGGAAGAGACUGAAAAGAAAGACAGGACAGAGCCAUCAGAUUCCAAGAAAAAUGAUACUAAUUCCACUAAUUUACAGCCUCAGCAUCAGUCAGUAAUAACUCAGAGACAUCCUGCACUUGCCCAGUCACUUUAUUAUGGACAAUAUGCCUAUGGGCUUUACAUGGACCAAAAGUCCUUAAUGGCCUCUAACCCUGCCUAUAGGCAGCAGUAUGAAAAAUAUUAUGAGGACCAGAGACUGGCAGAGCAGAAAAUGGCACAAACUGGGAGAGACUGUGAAAGGAAGAGCGAACCUUCACUGAAGGAACUAGGAAAGGAUGACAACAAGCAGAAAAAUAUCCCCUCUGCUACUAUCUCAAAGGCUCCUUCAGUUCCAGAGACAAGCAAAAGUAACACUAAAAUAGGGUCAUCAGUCCCCAGUAAAGCUGAAGAGACAAGCAAAUCACAGAUUCUUUCAAAUCACCAGCAGCAGCUUCAGUCUGAUAGCUUCAAAGCCAAACAAAUGGAAAACCAUCAGCUUAUAAAGGAGGCUGUGGAAAUGAAAUCUGUUAUGGACUCAAUGAAACAGACAGGAGUAGAUCCUACCACAAGAUUUAAACAGGACGCAGAUUCAAGAACAUGGCAUCAUUAUGUCUACCAGCCCAAAUACCUUGAUCAGCAAAAAUCAGAAGAACUUGAUCGGGAGAAAAAACUAAAAGAAGACAGCCCUAGAAAAACACCUAAUAAGGAAGGUUCCAUACCCAACCUCCCUGUCUCAUUAACAAGCAUUAAAGAGGAACCGAAAGAGGUCAAGCGUUCUGAUUCCCAGUCAUUGGAGGAGAGCAAGAUUAAAAAUGAUGAUCGAAAGACUCCUGUAAACUGGAAGGACUCUCGGGGUGCUAGAGUGGCCGUUUCCUCACCAAUGAGUCAGCAUCAGUCAUAUAUACAGUACUUGCACGCUUAUCCUUACCCACAGAUGUAUGAUCCCAAUCAUCCUGCAUACCGUGCAGUCUCUCCUGUUCUAAUGCACAGCUAUCCUGGGGCCUAUCUCUCGCCAGGAUUUCAUUAUCCUGUUUAUGGGAAGAUGUCAGGGAGAGAAGAGGCGGAGAAAGUCAAUACCAGCCCUAGCAUCAACGCAAAAUCAACCACUGAAUCUAAAGCACUGGAUUUGCUCCAGCAGCAUGCCAACCAGUACCGCAGCAAGUCCCCUGCCCCUGUGGAAAAAUCUACAGCUGAACGUGAGCGGGAAGCAGAGAGGGAGCGAGAUCGUCACUCCCCCUUUAGCCAGCGGCACCUUCAUACACACCACCACACACACGUUGGAAUGGGCUACCCACUUAUACCUGGGCAAUAUGACCCAUUUCAAGGAUUGACCUCUGCUGCCCUUGUUGCCACUCAGCAGGUGGCUGCUCAGGCAUCUGCAUCUGGUAUGUUUCCUGCACAAAGAAGGUAA